AUGGCUGGCCUCAAUCUCUUUUACAUCUUGACCGUGAUGGUCAUUGCCAGCGGAUCUAUCCCCAAAGGUUACGAUGAAGGUGGAUUUGCUGCCGUGGCAGACAUGCCCUCUUUCCUGCAUGACUACGGCCUUUCACGAAGACAAUGGGUAGGCACGAGGCACGAGCUCAUUUCUACAAAGGCCAACAUCACGUCAUUCGGCGUGUUGGGGGCAGCUUUUGGGGCCAUUGUUGCUUUGGCCAUUACGGACCGAAUCGGUCGUCUGCGCACAUGGCAGACCUUUAUGGCUAUUUGGAUGAGCGGCUUCUUCAUCACCAUCUUUGCGUCUGGAAUAAUGGGUCUUUUGCUGUUCUCGCGGCUCUUGUCCGGCCUUGGUGCCGGCGGCCUGACGGUGGUAUCUCCGCUGUAUCUGACAGAGAUUGCUCGAAGCAAGAACCGAGGCAUGGUGGUUUCGGUUUACAUGGUGCUGCUGCUAUCCUUUCUCAUGUUUGGCUUCUUCAUCAGCUAUGGCGCUAGAAGGUCCCUACCUCGGACUAGGGAACAAUAUCGCGUCGUUUUGGGCGUGCCUUUGAUCCCCGGAGGCAUUGCUUUGAUAUUCUCCUUUUUCAUUAGGGACACCCCCCGCUGGCUUGCGUCCAAAGGCCGCAACGAAGAGGCUUUGUGGGUAUUGUCCCGGCUGCGAAAGGCACCGGUUGACGAUGCAGCCGUGCGAGAAGAGUACGCGCAGAUUAUUGACCAGGUGCGAGAUUCGAAGCAAAGACUCUCUGACACGUCGACUUGGACAAUUGUCAAGGAGGUUGCCACAAUCUCCAGCUAUCGCAACCGAUUUUUGUUGGGGCUUGCCAUGCAAACAAUUGCUCAGUGGACUGGUGGCAAUGGUAUAACAUACUAUAUCCCCAUGAUCUUCCGAAUUGCUGGCAUCCGAGGGGAAAACCUAUCCUUGGUUACCUCUGGCGCAUAUGGUGCGCUCAAGCUUGUGUUUACCAUGAUAUUUACAUGGGGCCUCAUCGACAUACUUGGUCGACGAGUGUGUUUCAUGAGCGGCCUUGCUAUUCAAGGCGCCACACACGUCUACAUGGCCGUUUACUCGGGAAUAUGGUUGCAAGAUCAUAAUAGACCUGCAUCUGAUGGCGCCAUUGCGUCUGUAUUCAUCUACGCCGUCGGGUGGUCCAUUGGACUUUGUACGAUCCAGUAUCUGUACGGCACGGAGAUUUUGCCCACGCGCAUCAGAAGCGUAUGUUAUGCGACAAACAUGACGGUGCACUGGUUUUUCCAAUUUGCCGUGGUGCGCGCAACGCCGCCCAUGCUUGACAGGCUCGACAUUUGGGGUGCGUAUGUGUUUUGGGCAUGCAUCUGCUUUGUCGGACUGGUGCUUCUCGGCCUGUGGGCUCCAGAGACAAAGGGCGUGCCGAUGGAGAGGAUGGAUGAGCUUUUUGAGGGGCGGUGGUACAUGGGCUGGAGGGCCAAGUUGGGCACACAGCGCGAUGCAGAGGAUGGGAUACUCGGGAGACGGACGUCUCAAGACGUGAGCAGUUCACCUGAAGUUGUGCAGGUGAAUGGGCAGAGGUUUGUGACAAAGUAUCCUUGA